UCAUUCCGAUAUACAGUAUUCAUUUGUGACUAUUAUAUACUGCCAUUGUGAUCAAAUGAGGGAUUAAUUUAACAGUGUUAAUGAUAAAAUUGAUUCAAGAUCUACGGAUGUAGAAGCAUUAUCAAAAACCAGAGCGUUUGGCUGAAAUGAGAUGGUUCAAAUCUUUGACAACGUGGAAAUCGUGCAUAAAAAGGAAUUUUUUGAUGAAAUGGAAAUCUGUGAUAGCAUGUAUGCUAUUUUUGUUGACAUUGUUUGUAUUCCAUACUUCAUCAAAGGAAUAUUUAUCAAAUUAUGUCCAAAUCUCGAAACACGUUGAGAUGUUGAGCCGUAAUGUUUCCACGAUUCAAGAACAAGACCAUCUGGUAAGCCUUGAAAAAUAUACUGAUGAAUUACAUGACAUUGUCACGACAUCUGGGGGCUUAUAUUUCACCAAUACCGACAAUUCUAUACACAUUCCAAAUGGAACAAAAGUGCAAACAUUUAAACGAGAUGCAUCUCUGUUGGUAAAGAGUGACAUUGGGCAUGAAUCAGUGGUGCAAGAGUCGGAAGAGUUUCCUGGCAUGCCUGACCCAUGUAUGAAACCCAGACGUAAAACUGAAGUCGAGGACAUACUAUGUAUGAAACGUCCAGUAUUUUCAGUGGAAUAUAAAAACCCAUGUUGGAGGGAGGAAGAACAAUUCUAUUGUUUGCCUUAUUUUCACCUGAUUGGAUUUCCAAAAUGUGGCACUACAGAUCUUUUUAAACGACUUUUAUUACAUCCGGAUAUUGUUCCAAAUUUUGGACGUUUUGGCAAAGAAACUUGGUACUGGUCUUGGAAACGCUUUGCUGUAAACAGAGGAUGGGACUUGAAGCAUGGUAUGACCCUCAAAGAGUUCGCAAUGCACUUUGAUGCAGAAGUGAUACGUACAAAGGUCAACAGUCAAGGUCGCCAUACAAGAAUAACAGGUCAUGGAGACCCAAUGGAUAGUUAUGAUAGAUUUAACGAGGAGGCUACGCCCCAAAAUAUCCCAGGGGCGGAGGAGCUGCUUUGGACAACACCUUUCUCUAUACGCCGUAUCAACCCUAACAUAAAACUUUUGCUGAUGACGAGGGACCCUGUUGAGAGGCUGUAUUCUCAUUAUUUUUUCAUCAAUAACGGGUCAUCUGCUCAUAUUUUUCACGAACACGUGGUGCAGUCUUUGAUCCUUUGGAAGGAAUGUGUCCAGCACCACUCUAUUCGACAUUGUAUUUAUUCUCCUGAACUUAAAAAGACAUUAAAGGUGCCAAUAUAUGUGAGUUUCUACAUAGUACAUUUGAAAGAAUGGCUGAAAGCGUUUCCAAGGGAACAGAUUUUCAUAUUCAGAAAUGAGGAUUAUUCCGUAAAUAUCACAGAAACAUUGAUACAAAUUUUUAAAUUCCUGGAUAUUGGUUAGUAUUAAGACAUUUUUAUGCUCUUCUUGUUCUUGAUGAAAGAAAUAUAAAUACAUGUGUUUAAAUUCAUGCUAACCACGCUUUUUGUCCGUGCCAAAAGGUUUUAACUUUUCAUUUUGAACCGUCUUACCAUCCUGUAUGUUGUAAUUAAGGAUGUAAUAACAUUUAAUUGAAAUUUUAUAUAUAUGUUUAUCAUUAUUCUUCUUUGAACAAUUCCCGAACAUGAAAUAAUAUGUUAAAU